GGCAACUAAGCAGCUGUUUGACGUGCGCGUGUGUGUGAACUUGAAAUUUGUUAUUCGUGUGAAUUGUGGUGAAAUAAAGUGCACAUAUAUUUUAAAUUUAGUCUCCGCGUAAAUAACAUACACACAAUAAUGGGCAGCAGUUCAUCAAAGGGAGUCGGAGUCGUGGAGACCGCUGCCGCAACGACGGCGUCUAAUGCAGCCGCCGCCGGCGGCGACAAACCCAAAUGUAAAGCUUGCUGUGCCUGCCCCGAAACGAAGCGCGCACGUGACCAGUGCAUUGUGGAGAACGGCGAGGAGAACUGCACAAAGCUAAUUGAGGCGCACAAGCAAUGCAUGCGAGAUGCUGGCUUUAACAUCUAAGACCCGGAUGCGGGGCCGGUGGAGCACUACUUAGCAUAAGACGGCAGGCUCUCCCCACCCACUGGCGCGUUAACUUAAAUUAAUAUCUCU